AAUAAAAAAAUUGGUUCUAUUCUUGGAGUAGUCUUCAAAGUUUUUGACUUGAAUUUUGCAAAAAUCUAUUGCUCCAAUGAAUUAUUUUCAAAGAUUGCCAGAAGGCUGCAUAUUGGAAAUUCUUUCACGUACAACUCCAGUAGAUGCAGUAAGAUCAUGCAUUUUAUCAAGAGGAUUCAAGACUGCUUUGGAAUCAGAAAUUAUUUGGGAAAGAUUUUUGCCCUCUGAUUAUCAAGAAAUAAUUGAAAGAUCAGAGUUUCCUUCUGUUUGUACAACCAAAAAAGAGCUUUAUUUUAGUCUCUGUGAAUAUCCCAUUCUUCUUGAUGGAGGCAAACUGAGUUUUUCACUGGAUAAGCACAGUGGGAAGAAGUGUUUCAUGGUAGCACCAAGAGAGCUUAUAAUUUCGUGGGGCGAUAACUUAAACCAUUGGCAAUGGAAGCCUCAUCCGGACUCUAGGUUUGUCUCUUUUUAUUUUCAUUGCUUAUUCGUCUAUGGUUUUCUUCCACCCUUCCUCCUUCCAACUCCUGCAAGAAUAUUUAGUUAAUUUUCUAUCGAAAAAGGGUAAAAGAUACUCCUG